GGGCACGGGCGCCGGAAUGAACGGAGGUUUCGCCGCGCCCAGACGGAGCUGAGCCAGGAAACAAAGGGGAAGAGGCAGUCGCCAUGGGAGAGCAGCUCCGUGCCCAGCCCGCCGCUCCGGCAGGGCCGCCACCGCCCGCCGCUGCCUCCUGCUCCCUGCUCGGCGGGCUGCUUCAGAACGGCUUCCACCCUUCGACCCAGCCGCUGAGCAGCGGCAGCUGCGGGGAGACUCCGCACCCGCUGCUGCUCCGCUCGGAGCUGCCGCCACUCAGCCACGGCUCUCCGGCCAAGAAAUGCAGGCUGCGCCGGAGGACGGACUCGGGCCGGCGGCACAGGCCACCUUUUCCAUGGUUUGGAAUGGAUAUUGGUGGAACAUUGGUUAAACUGGUCUACUUUGAACCUAAGGACAUUACUGCAGAAGAGGAACAGGAAGAGGUGGAAAACCUGAAAAGCAUUAGGAAAUACCUGACCUCCAAUACAGCCUAUGGUAAAACUGGCAUUCGUGAUGUCCAUCUUGAACUGAAAAACUUGACUAUGUGUGGACGCAAAGGAAACCUGCACUUCAUCCGCUUUCCCAGCUGUGCCAUGCACAGAUUUAUACAGAUGGGUAGUGAAAAGAACUUCUCCAGUUUGCACACUACGCUCUGUGCCACAGGAGGUGGGGCUUACAAGUUUGAGGAGGACUUCAGAACGAUUGCGGAUCUGCAACUCCAUAAACUGGAUGAAUUGGACUGUUUGAUCCAGGGCCUCCUUUAUGUUGAUUCUGUUGGUUUCAAUGGCCAGCCAGAGUGCUACUAUUUUGAAAAUCCUACAGAUCCUGAACAGUGCCAGAAACAGCCUUACUGCCUUGAUAAUCCAUAUCCUAUGCUGCUGGUUAACAUAGGCUCAGGGGUCAGCAUCCUAGCUGUGUAUUCUAAGGACAACUAUAAAAGAGUUACAGGAUCGAGUCUUGGAGGAGGAACAUUCCUGGGCCUGUGCUGUCUGCUGACUGGUUGCGAGACAUUUGAAGAAGCGCUAGAAAUGGCCGCGAAAGGAGACAGCACCAAUGUGGACAAGCUGGUGAAAGAUAUUUAUGGAGGAGACUAUGAGCGGUUUGGCCUUCAAGGGUCUGCUGUAGCCUCAAGCUUUGGUCAUAUGAUGAGCAAAGAAAAGAGAGAUUCCAUCAGUAAAGAGGACUUGGCCAGAGCUACUUUGGUCACCAUCACCAACAACAUAGGUUCUAUUGCUCGCAUGUGUGCAUUGAAUGAGAACAUAGACAAGGUGGUGUUUGUUGGCAACUUCCUCAGAAUUAAUAUGAUUUCUAUGAAGGUACUAGCAUAUGCUAUGGAUUAUUGGUCCAAGGGACAGCUGAAAGCUCUGUUUUUGGAACAUGAGGGUUAUUUUGGAGCUGUUGGGGCUCUUCUAGAAUUGCUUAAAAUGACAGAUGAUCAGUGAUGAAGCUGUCUGAAGAGAUUCCUACUGCAGAUGCUGCUGGAUAAGAGUGAAAGCCACUACAAGGAUGGAAAUGAAGCCAUUAUGGUAGUUCUACCUGCUGGAUUUGUAAAUAAUUUAAAGACCUUUUAGCUGAUCUUUAACUUCUGGGUUUUGAGCUUAUACUUCAGAAUUCAUACUGGGAAUAAUGAGAUUUUUUUCUGUACACUGUAUUUUUUAGGGGGAAAAAAAAAAAUGUGCAAAGUGGCCAAACACAGAUUUUAUGAAUUUAUUUUAAAAGUAGAUACUGUUUAAUGUCAGACCUGCAAGAUGAGGCAUCUGCUUUUCUUCUGGGGUUUACUGAUUAGUGUGGUAAUUUGAACUUCAUUUAGUAAUCACUCUAGGAGAUUUUUUUUAAUCUUAUUUUCAUGACGUUUCAUGAUUUGUUCUUGGUUUCAAAUGAAACUACGAAGCUGAUGCGUUUUAAUGUGAAAUGAGUUACUGAUCAUGUUUUGGUUUUUUUGCCUUUCCUCA